CUUGCCUUCAGAGGACUCGGAGCGUCCAGGUGACAGGAGCAGAUAUUGUCUGGGGAAGAAAAUCAUUGUCUUUCCGCUAAAGUAUGAAUCCGUAUUAUAAUCAUGAAAUGCCUCCUGCAAUGGGUGCUCCAUAUCCUCCACCUUAUUCUUCUCCAUAUGCAGCACCGUAUCCAGCGCCUUACCCACCGUCAUACCCUGCGCCGCAUCCUGAUCCGAAACCCCCACCAACAACCAGCCAACCAAAUCCCAUACAGAACACAUCAAUCAACUCUCCUAUCAUGGUGGUGAUGUCCCCAAACCAGAACGCCAAUGUCAUUCCACCUGCCUACCCACCUGUUGUCAAGAUGACCCACUACAAAGAUUAUCUGUGUCUGUCCAUCUUCACGCUGCUUUCCUGCUUUUGGCCAAUUGGAAUUGCUGCUUUGGUUUUCUCCUGCAAGGUAACGAGCGACUGUAGGGCCAUUACUGUGGGGGCAGUAAUUCAGUAGACAAGGGAUGGGUAAUCUGAUCACAUACUCUGCGCUGUGUGAUAAUACAGACUGAUCACAUACUCUGCGCUGUGUGAUAAUACAGACUGAUCACAUACUCUGCACUGUGUGAUAAUACAGACUGAUCACAUACUCUG